AUGAGCAGCUUCAACUUCCUGGACGACGAGGUGAGCGAGGUGGAGAAAGUGAACAAGGACCUGGCAACUUUGGACCGUGGGGCGAAGAAAGCACCCCCCGCACAAUGGAGCGCCGCCCGCACAAAGAGCACUUUUGAGGAGCAGAGCAUCGUCGGUGACCGCGCCGGCGCCCAGGGCGGCGGUGGCGGAGGAGGCGGCCCGUCCCUUCCUUUCCGCAUUCGUGAGGUGAAGCUUUUCCCUCGGUCGAUUGGGGCAGAGCCCGUCUUCAGCGUCGCAAAGCCACGUUUGCUCGACUCGUGA